AAGGUCUACAAAUGAGAAGGUUCACGAAAACGGAAGCUGGGAGCAGGGAAUCAUCUUUGGUUUGUUCUCAACUACACUUUCCCAGCAGCUGGUGCGCAUCAUUUGUCAACCGGCGAGUCUUUUGCAAAGAUUUGCGAACCAAGCCCAGCAGGCGGAGCUUACCCCAUGUGACUAUAACUGAGUUGUGUGGAUAUACUCAGUUCCAAACUAAGCAUGCCAAUCACAAUAGGGCUGCCACGCUGACAUACGAUCCGGAUAUGAUAAUACUUCCAACCUAAAAGGAAAAGUCCCCCUCCGCACUCUGCUCCGUAUUCAUUUCUACCCGGGUCAUCCUCCGGCUGACUGUGACGGAAUGCGCCUUGUUUCCUCACAGUUUUGCUAGCCUUCGAACAAGCAUCGACUCAUACCUGUCAGGUCACCCGAGCAAACGCUGCAACAAACAUGCAAGUGCAGCGAGUCGUUCUUAACUCUCGACCAGGUAACAACGGGGAGCCAAGUCCUGAAAAUUUCCGCCUGGAACAGAUACAUUUAACAUCCGACCUGGAAGAUGGACAAGUCCUUGUUCGGACGCUUUACCUCUCAGUCGACCCUUACAUGCGCUGCAGAAUGAAUGAAGACACCGGUGCUGAUUACCUGGCUCCAUGGAAGCUGUCUGAAUGCGCGGACGGUGGCGGUGUUGGCGUGGUUGAAAGCAGCCGCUGCAGGGCUCUCACCGAGGGAGACGUCGUCACUUCAUUCAACUGGCCGUGGCAGACCCAUGCAGUUAUGGUGGGAGGUGGCCUUCAGAAGGUUGAUUCACAGAUGGUUGACGGCCAUCUUUCCUAUUUUUUGGGAGCAGUUGGUAUGACGGGACUCACCGCGCUGUUAGGGGUCAGGGAGAAGGGCCACGUGACCAAAGGGGCCAAUCAGACGAUGGUGGUCAGCGGUGCAGCCGGCGCCUGUGGCUCCCUAGCUGGACAGAUCGGCCGGCUGGAUGGAUGUGCGAAGGUGGUUGGGAUUUGCGGUUCGGACGAGAAGUGCAAAGCUUUGGUGGAAGACCUAGGCUUCUCCGCAGCCAUCAACUAUCGCAGCAGCGACGUCUCGGCACGGCUCAAGGAGACCUGUCCCGCUGGCGUCGACGUCUACUUCGACAACGUGGGAGGCGUCGUCAGCGACACCAUCAUAGAGCAGAUGAACGAAGGAGGACACGUGAUCCUCUGCGGGCAGAUCUCGCAGUACAACAAGGAUGUGCCGUAUCCUCCCCCUCUGAGCGACAAGACGCAAGAAAUCCUGCAACGUCGGAACAUCGCCCGGGAGAGAUUCAUGGUGCUCAGCUACAUGAGUAAAGCAGAAGCUGCCCUCUUUGAGCUCAGCCAGUUAGUAAAGUCGUCUCAAAUCAAGGUGUUGGAAACGGUGGUGAACGGUAUAGAAAACAUGGGAGUUGCUUUUUGCUCCAUGAUGAAAGGCGGAAACAUCGGCAAGCAAAUAGUAAAAAUAUCCGACUGAGAAAAGAUUCCAUCUGGAUCGAGCUUGUAAUCCACGUCCACUGUUGCCUUUUUAUCACCUGCAUUACUGUAACACUAGCCUACUGAAGUCUUUUAAGUUUGCAACAAGAAAAUAUAUUUACUUAUUUUCUGCCUGUAUUCUGAAAACAUAAAACAUAAUGCAAUUUCUGAGCCUUGGAGUAACCUGGAGCCAAUUAACAAAUGUGGGUCAAAUCAGUGACAAUCCAGCAACUACUGUGAAAUAAAUAAAUAAAAAUUGCACUAAUUUUUCAACUUACUCACAAGAAAAAUAGAACACAAAAAUAUUGGAAAUUCAACACAAUUAUUGCAUGUAAAACUGCUAAAAUCAACAUUCAUAUGUAUUUACAUGUUAUAACUAUAUUAGACAUUUUGAGGAAGGCUCAAAGAACCACUUCUGGCUCCGAUUGGAUCCUGUGACCUUGAGAAAUUGUGCAAAAAGAAAUAGUUAAAGCACUAUUAAACCAAAAUAGUGAUCUUUGUUCUCCGUUAGCAGGCGACUACCAUUUAAAUUCUUGAAAGGCACUGAUAUCAGAUACUGAUCCAUCGAUUACGUGCCUCUAUCUUAUUGCGAUCCGUUCAGUCUAAAUAGAAACAUUGGACGCACGACACAAACGAUACCGUAAUGCACAUUUCUUUAUUCCACAACACUAUAAACCAAUAAUAAAAUAUAGUUAUCGCGGUUCUAAAUCGAGUUGUCACAAGAAAAAUAUGUGGCAGGUGUAAAAUUACCAUUCAUUCAUUCACAAAGCAUCAGUGCUCCGACACAGGGGAGGGGUUGCGGUAGGAGGUCACACAAACACCAGCACGUAUGUCCACCCUCUGCGUUGAUGCACAGGUGGUAGAGUCCAUGCCAACGUUUCCUCACCGAGUCCGGUCGGUGUGCAUUCCAAACCGAACCGAAUUUAUAGCGUCUCCACGGUUGGCCGUGGAGACACUUUUUUUGAGGAGAAGGAAAAAUAUCAUGCAUUAGGUGUUUGUAGUGAUCCAAAUUUAUCUCAACACUGCCACCACGUGGACAGAUGAUGGAACGGCAUGGUGGAUUGCAGGAGAAAACGGCUCCCGUAAAUGAAUGAAGAGAAGAUAAAUGUAUAUUUAUGUCGCUGUAGAGGAAAGAACUGCACCAUUAAAUUAUUUUCCAAGUGUCUGGCAGCCGUUUCAGCAAUAAAGUGUCUUAAUGUUUCCUAUCCGAUCAAGGAUGCGACUGAAUGUUUUCCCCUACGUGGAGAUUUGAACCAACAGGCGUGCCUACGUGACGUUUUUACAUCAGCAAUUACAAGUAGAGAGGCGUGAACGACAGUGCAACAAACAGGUUUUCCGUGCUUUCGCACACAUUCUCGACAACGUGGACGAAAGAGGUUUUCACACACGAGGAAUGCUUUCCGAGCCAAACCCAAGGUUCGGGGGCCGGAGGGAGCUGAAGUACCGUAUACCCCGUUUUCAGAGUAAAUCAACAACACAAGGAAACACUUUUUUUUCCCCAAAGUAAAAAUCACACAGUACAAUCAAAAUGAAUAAAUAAAAACAGCAUAAAAUAGUGGUUGAUCUCAUUUCAUCACACGUUUAACACAUUCAUCUAAGUUUCUUUGCUAAUCCAAAACACAUCUGGAUUGCUUCAUGUUGGGUUUUUGUUCACUGAACUCUUUUGGAGUAUAAAAAACGAAACCAAACAAACAAACAAAAUAAACUUCUGGAACCAGCGUGUUGUUGAAGCGUUCACAUUCCUGAGAAACAAACGGCUGCUUUCUGAGAGUAGAAACAAAAAUCCAAGUCGGGUUCAGGGUUUCGGAGAAAACUGGUGUAAAUGUGAACAUCACUGGCAGUCGUUUGCACCUAAAGUUAACUUGGUUUACAGCUAAAAUUGUCAACUUACCUUCGCACAGUCCAAAUGCCGAUUUGAUUUACUGGAUUUCUGUGUGGACUGAACGAAGAAUAUGAAAGUCUCGGUUGCUUUUAUCACUCACAGGUUCCAGUGGAGCAAUAUAUAAAUAUAUAUACAUAUAUAUAUAUAUAUAUUUUUUUUUUAAAGUGCUGUACUUCUACUUCCUGUCUGAUUUGUGUUCCAAGGUAAACAUUGGGAGCAGUUUGGCAACUCCAGCCUUCGUCCAUCAACAAAACCGAGCUUUGGAGGAGAACAUAAAAAAAGAGAUGGGGGGGAAAAAAGAAAAAAAAAACUUUCUUACUCAUCCUUUGGCAGUGGUGAAGUGGCGUUUUGGCCAAGGCAACAUAUCCAAAAAGUGCUAAAUCUCAAGUAAAUGAGCCAUCUUGAACCACAGCAGAAUACAGUAUACUGUCAACCACAGUAGAAGUUGGAAUAUUCCUCUUAUGGAUAAAACUAGACACACUGUCUUGCAAAAGGUACACACACCCUUCAAGCUUCAGCACAUUUCGUCAGGUUAAAACCACAACCCUCCAUGUCUUUAAUUGGGAUUUUACGUGAUCGGACAGGGUGUCAUUUAAUCUCAGAAGAAAUUUGUUAGUGAGCAAAUGGAGUGAAGGACUAAGGAACUGUGAAACAUGGUGAUGGCAGCGUCAUGCUGGGGAGGCUUCUCUCCGGGGGGUGAUUUUGUGUGUAAGUCUAGAGUUCCUACCGAAAUAUUAAUGUCAACAUUUCCAGAUUAGACAUUCGUUAAAGCUGCACCAUAAAUCAGACGUUACUGUGUGCAAAUUAGCAAACCGUAAGAACACUUGACUGAUAUAUUUUGUGAGAUGUUAUAUUUAAAGUGCCCUGCAUUGUAGUAAUUAUUUUUUGACUGAAUAAGAUUUUCGAUCUCCACAUUAUUCCUGCUUAUACAGGAAAGUGGGGACAUUUUAAUGAAGGGGGGG